ACAAGGGGUAACAAGGGUAACAAGGGUAACAAGGGUAACAAGGGUAACAAAGGUAACAAGGGUAACAAGGGUAACAAGGGUAACAAAGGGUAACAAAGGUAACAAGGGGUAACAAGGGGUAACAAGGGUAACAAGGGGUAACAAGGGUAACAAGGGUAACAAGGGGUAACAAGGGUAACAAGGGUAACAAGGGUAACAAGGGUAACAAGGGGUAACAAGGGGUAACAAGGGUAACAAGGGUAACAAGGGUAACAAGGGGUAACAAGGGUAACAAGGGGUAACAAGGGUAACAAGGGUAACAAGGGUAACAAAGGGUAACAAGGGUAACAAGGGUAACAAGGGGUAACAAGGGUAACAAGGGGUAACAAAGGUAACAAGGGGUAACAAGGGUAACAAGGGGUAACAAGGGUAACAAGGGGUAACAAGGGGUAACAAGGGUAACAAGGGUAACAAGGGUAACAAGGGGUAACAAGGGGUAACAAGGGGUAACAAGGGUAACAAGGGUAACAAGGGGUAACAAGGGUAACAAGGGUAACAAGGGUAACAAGGGUAACAAGGGGUAACAAGGGUAACAAGGGUAACAAGGGUAACAAGGGUAACAAGGGGUAACAAGGGUAACAAGGGGUAACAAGGGUAACAAGGGUAACAAGGGGUAACAAGGGUAACAAGGGGUAACAAGGGUAACAAGGGUAACAAGGGGUAACAAAAGGUAACAAGGGUAACAAGGGGUAACAAGGGUAACAAGGGGUAACAAGGGUAACAAGGGUAAGUAACAAGGGUAACAAGGGGUAACAAGGGUAACAAGGGUAACAAGGGGUAACAAGGGUAACAAGGGGUAACAAGGGUAACAAGGGUAACAAGGGUAACAAGGGUAACAAGGGUAACAAGGGUAACAAGGGGUAACAAGGGUAACAAGGGUAACAAGGGGUAACAAGGGUAACAAGGGGUAACAAGGGGUAACAAGGGUAACAAGGGUAACAAGGGGUAACAAGGGGUAACAAGGGUAACAAGGGGUAACAAGGGUAACAAGGGUAACAAGGGGUAACAAGGGUAACAAGGGGUAACAAGGGUAACAAGGGUAACAAGGGUAACAAGGGGUAACAAGGGUAACAAGGGGUAACAAGGGAACAAGGGUAACAAAGGGUAACAAGGGGUAACAAGGGUAACAAGGGGUAACAAGGGUAACAAGGGUAAAAGGGUAACAAGGGGUAACAAGGGUAACAAGGGUAACAAGGGGUAACAAGGGUAACAAGGGUAACAAGGGGUAACAAAGGGUAACAAGGGGUAACAAGGGUAACAAGGGGUAACAAGGGUAACAAAAGGGGUAACAAGGGUAACAAGGGUAACAAAGGUAACAAGGGGUAACAAGGGGUAACAAGGGUAACAAGGGUAACAAGGGGAAACAAGGGGUAACAAGGGGUAACAAGGGGUAACAAGGGGUAACAAGGGUAACAAGGGGUAACAAGGGUAACAAGGGUAACAAGGGGUAACAAGGGGUAACAAGGGGUAACAAGGGUAACAAGGGGUAACAAGGGUAACAAGGGUAACAAGGGGUAACAAGGGUAACAAGGGGUAACAAGGGUAACAAGGGGUAACAAGGGGUAACAAGGGUAACAAGGGUAACAAGGGUAACAAGGGUAACAAGGGUAACAAGGGUAACAAGGGGUAACAAGGGUAACAAGGGGUAACAAAGGGGUAACAAGGGAACAAGGGGUAACAAGGGUAACAAGGGGUAACAAGGGUAACAAGGGGUAACAAGGGGAACAAGGGGUAACAAGGGUAAAAGGGGUAACAAGGGUAACAAGGGGUAACAAGGGUAACAAGGGGUAACAAGGGUAACAAGGGGUAACAAGGGUAACAAGGGGUAACAAGGGGUAACAAGGGGUAACAAGGGGUAACAAGGGGUAACAAGGGGUAACAAGGGUAACAAGGGGUAACAAGGGGUAACAAGGGGUAACAAGGGUAACAAGGGGUAACAAAGGGUAACAAGGGGUAACAAGGGUAACAAGGGUAACAAGGGGUAACAAGGGUAACAAGGGUAACAAGGGUAACAAGGGUAACAAGGGUAACAAGGGUAACAAGGGGUAA